AUGGCAGGAAGAGGUACACAUGAUAAUAAUAGAUAUGGAGGAGAGCGGCCCCGUAAACCGCUACCGACGGAGCCUCCGUACCUUGCGUACGUUGGCAACUUACCCCAUGGAAUAGUACAGGGUGACAUCAAUGCCAUUUUUAAGGACUAUGCGGUGAAGAGCGUUCGUUUGGUGAAGGAUAAGGAAACGGACGUAUUUAAAGGCUUUUGCUAUGUCGAAUUUGACACCCUGGAUGACCUGGAGAAGGUGCUGCUGCUAGAUGGCAUGAUUGUGUUAAAUGAACGACCGGAACCGCUGCGGAUUGACGUUGCCGAGCAGAAGAAAAAUGAUAGGGGCGGAUUUAACAAACGAGGUGGCCAGCAAAAUCGCGGUGGUCCCGGUGGACCAAGCGGUGGAGGUGGCGGCGGUGGCUACAAUCGUGGCGGUCCUAAUCAAAUGAACAAUCGCCCAAUUAGCAGUGGAGGUCUGGACAGGAACUACGAUCGGGCACCUAACCGAGGGAGGUACGGAAACUUUGGUGACGAUCGCGACGGAGGUGGCCGAGACGAAUGGGGCCGUGACGGUCCUGACCGUGAUGGACGUGGCGGUGGCGGUCGCUAUAACGAUCGUGACGGCGGCUAUGGGCGCGGUGGUGAUGAUGGGAAUCGAUAUGGGAACUACGGUCGCAGUAGUAAUCAAUAUCGCGACAACGAUCGGAGAAAAGACUCAUCCUCGCAACACUAUCCACCACCUUCCAAUCCAAAUCUGAACAUGGAAGAACGGCCCCGGCUCAAACUGGCCCCGCGCUCAGUGAACGCCCCGCUAAAUUCGCUAGCGGAAACGAAGCAGGCCGCGGCCAUCUUUGGCAACGCACGACCGCGCGAGGAAAAGAUCGGCCCAGACCUUGCGCGGAAGCAUGCCAACAGUGUUGGCAGUGAGGGCAGCAGCGGUGGUGACGGCGGUGGAGGUAGUGCUUCGUCUAGUGCGGCCGUCGAUAAUUAAGAGUAAUUCAUGGAACAGUAAAAAAAAACACACACACACAUACGCGCACUUUAAUGAUGAGAUGCUGAUUAGGCCGGUAGGAAUAUGAUAAGAUGGCGGCUCCUAUUGUUUAAGUUCGCAUUUUCUUCGCUCUGGUAAGCGCAAGCACUGGUCUUAUCCGGAGUUUUCAAUUUCUGUGUCCAUGCGUGCUAUUUUUUCCUUUUUCCGAGUUGAAAACUGUGUGCGUUUUCCGUUCUUAUUGUUUGUUUCAACUAUAUAGGUACCGUUUCAGUUUGUACACUUCCUGAUAGUUGUGUAUGUAUAAAAUGUAUCAUUAACACAGUAUAAUCGCAGGAUACUUGGUUAGCUGCGAUCAGGAACAUCAUAUGGUUUUCCCAAAGCGCUUAUGAAACUGGCUUGCGUAAAAGUAAGCGAAAGCUGUAUUAAAAUUCCAUUUGUGAUUCGUUCUAUUUUCGCUUCCUUCAAAUGUAUAGCACAGCAAGAAGGAAGAGGUUAAUAUUUUGUAAUGCCUAUUUCUCUCGUCACAAGUUCAUCAUCUUUCUUAGAAAAAUAAUACACUAUCUAAGACAACAAGCUAUUACGACUUAUCUUGAUCACCCCGGUGGGUUCUACACCUAUCUUGAUUGCCCCGUGCACAGUUGCCGUCGUCGAAAUCCAAAUAAUUGCAGAUUACUAUGUGCGAAUUCCAAUAAAUGACAGUUCAACAGCAAAGAAAUGUUAAUAUAGUAAUACUCACGUGACUUGAUUAACCGCAAAAGGUAUGGAAGAAGAAAUGCAUUAUUUCAUAGGUAUUGUUGGUCGAAGCUCGUACUAAUCGAUCGAACUGAACAACUGACUAAUGUAAUGAUGGCUGCUGACGUGCUGAGCAGAAUUAACGAUAACGGAUGCAAGAAAUUGUAGCACGGUCACAAAUAUUCUUGACAGCCAUGCUCAAGCAUGGUCAUGUAUUAGGCUUAUGUUGAAAGCAAUAGGAAAACAAGCAUUAGACAUUCGAAAUGCUAUGACUAAAUCAUCGUAAAUGCAUCGAUAACAGAAAAAACGAGUGCAUAACCUAAGGCAACAAAACAUACCAUAAUCCAGGAAAUGAAACAGUUACACCACUUUCACGCUCACAGUUGCAUCGAUAGCGCAGCAAAAGUCAGGGGAUGCUAUUACAGAUAGUUAAAGAUAAUUUAUAUUCUUUUAUUUGUAAGCUUUUUUCUACAAAUAAUAACAGCAUCUAAUGGAGAGACAAAGUGAAAAAAUACAAAUAAUAAAGAUAAUAACAUUAAUAUAACUAUGUAAUACGCUAAAGGUAAUGAAUUAAUAGUACAGCUCGCGAGGUGCAUUCGGCCCUUGGGUAUCAAAAAAAAACAUAAUAAAACAAAAGGAAAGCAAAAUAUGAAACCGAAAGCAGUAAAACACAAGAUCAUUAGUUGACUGUUCACAUUGAAUGAAAAAAAAACACUGGACUUAUGUAAUUAUAAAAAAAUAUCGUGCAUACAACCCAUAUUUUAAAGUAAGAGACACAGCUGCAGUAAAACAAAGCUAAUAGUUUGAUUGUUGCGGACCUCUUUCUUCAUAACAAACUAGGAUGUUUUGAAUUAGAUUUACGUUGACUAACAAGAGCAAAUUGUUGUGCUUUGCGUUGCUGUUGCUCACUCAUGUUUAGAGAAGCUACUUUUAUAGCCUAGUAGUUGGCAUACUUCAGGAUUUUAAAAUCAGGCUACUUGUUUUCAUAUGCACGGAACAAUUAAUUCUCUUUAGACAGCAACAUAAAUGAUUGAACAUUGAACUACGUCUGAAGAGAUAAACCAGCAAAAGAGAAACGCGCAAAGUGAAAGAUAAGACGAACCAGAGCGAAAACAAAAUGCAAUGACGACAAACAAAUAAGGAGCAAAAUCUCAGCACCACGCAGAAGCAAUCUAAGGAAAACCGUCGCUUCGUCUAUUAAAAAUAAUUCCAAAUGUUUAAAUAGGCGUCGAUAACAGCAUAACGACGUUGAAUGUUGCGUUCGUUGUGUUGAGUUAUUUGAGAGUUAUUAUUUUUCCUUUCGUUUUCAUUACAACUGUAUUUUAAUUUUUUUUUAUUUGUUUGACUUUCAUUUUGUAUGACAUUGUCUACGCAAUGUCUAGGUUGUAUUCGUAUGAUGUACCAUUUUUUCUGGAAAAUAAAGAAACCUGGUAAAAAAUAAUACAAAAAAUACCAGCCGAAAGUGUGGACAUUGAAGUAUGUUUGGAUAAGGUAAGCUUUUUUCUGCAGUAAAUGUACCUUGAAGCUUGUAACUCUCAACAUGUAACAGCGACACAGGGAACUUUAGGAACUUAAACAUCUCAAGUCUCUGUAUUCUUCAAUUGCUCAUUGAUGGUUGUCUAAUGUUCUAAUUGAAUAAUAAAUAAGUUAAUUAGGAAUUCCAACACAUUAGCAAUCCUGUAUGCUAAUCAUAAGUAUUUUCGUAAACAUUUAAAGGGUCUAGAAUUUUGAAUACAGAUUUACCGUAUCAUCCUGAUUUAACUCACCUUACAUGUUCCGAUCAGUUAAACUAGGCCAAUGAAUCAAUUAAAAUUACUAGCUUCGUAGGUUUUAAUUGCAUGUGAAUCAUGUAAACUUGUAAUCAAACAAAGUAUAACAAAUGAAAUGCAUAAACAGUUUCAAAAAAGCUAUUAUAAGAAAGUACUAAAAAGAAUCGAAAAAAGUGAAAAAUGUAACGAAAAUGAAGAAAAACUACAUAAUACUAGUAACACGAGAGAAGGAAUCAUAAAAAGCAUUUGUGGAAGAUGUAAAAAUGAAUUGAAAUACUGUUAGUAGCACUCUUUAAAAUAAGUAUUGUGUAUUGCUACAAAAAGAAAACAAAACAAACAACAAAAAGAAAACAAAGACUAAAUAACAAUCCUAAAUACGAUCACUAUUCAAAGCUGAUUAGUACUGGUAACAAAAGAACCUC